AUGGUUGUUACACAUGAUGAUACUCCCGAGGUGGACAUAACAAUAUCGUGUUCUGUGGUCGAUGAAGAUGUUGAUGACACCGUAGAGUCUGUGGUAGACCUACGACUUGCCCGACGGUUCAAGUUAGAAGCGUUGAAGGUCUGCCUUUACAUAUUCCUGUUGGAAUUUAAACCACCGGAGCCUCAUCUGCCCGCGUUCCUAAGACAAGUAAAGGGCUUCACUGAAGCUGAGAUCAACAAUGAGAUCUUCCCGGUGUGGACCUACUCAGCACUUGUUCUUAUUUUCGUCUCUGGCUUCAUCGCGGAGUUUCUGGGUUAUCGAAUUGUCCUUUUUUGUGGUUCUUUGGGAAGAGUAGCAACGAGAUUACUUUUACUCUUUGGUACUCAAAUCUGGCAAAUGCAACUCUGCCAAGCAUUUUAUGCCUGCGGGUCAGCCGCUGAGGUCAUUUUCUACGGUUACAUUUUCCAUUUGGUCGCUAAAAAAGACUAUCAGAAAAUCGCCUCCUACACCUUGGCAUGUCACGUCAGCUCGCAUGGUUCUUCUGGGGUCCUCGGUGAUCUCAUGUUAAAUCAAUGGGAUCUGAGCUAUGAUGUACUCCUGUAUGUUUCAAUGGCGUCUUUGACUACAUCAGCUGUAGUCGUAUUUUUCUUAACGCCAGUGGACAGACCUAAAGCCCCACGUCCUGCUGAGGUUGGGAAAACAUUGGAGUUGUCCUACGGUCACUUUCCCUAUCUUAUUAUAAUAAUAUGGUGGAUUGGAGCUGCGGCGUGUUAUGGUAUUCUAUACGGCUAUGAAACUUCCCUUUACGAUGUGAUCGCAACGCGUGAUGGUGUUCCUAACUACAACGGCACGGUGGUUGCUAUUUCACAGGUUUUUGGUACAUGUUCGGCGUUGGUUGCCUCCUAUAAGCGCCUCUCGAACUGGGCUGAAAGUCAUCCGCACAUUACAGUUGGUGUAUUUGCUUGGUUCUCGCUGAUUGCUGUUACUGUCAUGGCGUGGUGGGGAAGCAUUGUGCCAAUGUGCAGCUCGUUCGUGGUCUACUUCACCACUUAUUAUUUCGUCAACGCCUUCGUCCAAGCUGAAAACGGACGUGUUAUGAAGAAUACUACAGUGGAAAAUGGUGGUGAGAAUCUAUACGGUAUGCUAUGCAUGAUUAACAACGUGUUCUGUUAUGGACUACAAGCUCUGCUCACGUUUAUUGGCUUGACCGUGUUGAGGUUGCGAAUAACAACAAUGUAUAAAGGACUUUGGGUGGUUGUUGCUCUGUUCACUGUGGUAUUCACUUUAUGGGCGUCGUUUUACCAUUUUCGCACCAGAAGAAGGUUAACGGCGGUUGGAAAAUGA